AUGUCUAGUAGUUUACUAAAUGGGGGAGGAACUUUACUAAACGUGAAGCUGUUUUUUUGCAUUUCUGUUAAAUUUUGGACUUGAAUUUUAAUCUACCUGUGAAUUGGUCAGUUUUAUUUCAACUGUUCGUUACAUUUUGAGUUGUGUUUCCUUUGCUUAUCUUGUCGAUUGUUGACUGUCUUUUUGGUGUGCCUUUCUUGUAAUUCUCGUGGAAGAGCUGUUUUAAAAAGUUGACUUUUUUGGAAAAAAUCAGCAUUUGAAUCUUACAUUACCAUUAGUAUUCUCUAUAUCGUAGUGAAUUUUUAACCAUGGAAAUCAAUGAUACAAAUGUUCAAGUGCUGGUAGGGUUCUUACAGCAAACUAUGUCGCCUGAUGCAAAUAUAAGAAGGCCAGCUGAAAAAUAUUUGGAAUCUAUCGAGUCUAAUGCCAACUAUCCAAUUUUGCUGUUAACAUUGAUUGACAAAAAAGAGAUUGAUCUUGUUACUCGUGUUGCGGGUGCAAUUACUUUCAAAAAUUUUGUCAAACGUAAUUGGCGUUGUGAUGACGACAGUGUGGAUAAAAUCUCAGAAAAUGAUCGUAAAAUGGUUAGAUCAUUGAUCAUAGGCUUAAUGUUAAAAAGUGAGGAACUUGUUCAAAAACAACUAUCUGAAGCUGUCAGCAUAAUUGGACGAGAAGAUUUUCCGGCUAAAUGGCCCAAUCUUCUCGAUGAAAUGAUUUCUCGUAUGCAAAGCUGUGGUGGUGAUUUCAGCAUCAUCAACGGUAUUCUCCAAACGGCCCAUUCAUUGUUUAAAAGAUACCGUCACGAAUUUAAGUCUCAAGAGCUUUGGUCUGAGAUUAAAUAUGUCCUGGAUAAUUUUGCUAAACCUUUCACCGAUCUUUUUACAGCUACUGUUGCAUUAGCAAAAACACAUGCCAAUAAUCCAGCUGGACUUAAAAUCAUUUUCAGCUCUUUAGUGUUGUGUGCGAAAAUAUUUCAAAGUCUGAACGCCCAGGAUCUUCCAGAGUUUUUUGAAGACAAUAUCUCCAUCUGGAUGACUCACUUUGCUGAACUGCUUGCUGUUGAUCAUAAAUGUUUACAGACUGAUGAUGAAGAAGAAGCCGGUCUCCUUGAACAACUUAAAUCCCAAAUUUGUGAUAACAUCUCAAUGUAUGCUCAAAAGUAUCAUGAUGAGUUUCAAAAUUUUCUCCCAAAUUUUGUACAAAGUGUAUGGACUUUGCUGAGCACUAUUGGCCUACAGCCAAAAUAUGAUAUUCUUGUUAGUAACUCAAUACGUUUCAUAUCCACUGUUGUUGAUAGACCUCAAUACUCAAAGUUAUUUGAGGAUCCUAAUGUACUUGACUCAUUUUGCGCCAAAGUCAUAAUACCAAAUAUGCAGUUUCGAGACUCUGACGAAGAGAUGUUCCAAGACAAUCCCGAAGAAUAUAUCCGACGUGAUAUUGAAGGAUCUGAUACUGACACCCGUCGAAGAGCAGCCUGUGAUUUAGUUAAGGCUUUGAGUCGUUACUUUGAAGCCCAGAUAACACACAUUUUCAGUCAAUAUAUUCAAAAAAUGUUGGCUGAUUUUGCAGCCAAUCCCAAGAAAAAUUGGAAAAAUAAGGACGCUGCUAUUUAUCUAGUUACUGCAUUAUCUGUGAAGGGAUCAACUGUUAGAACAGGUACAACCCAGACAUCUGAGCUAGUUAACAUUGUUGAAUUUUAUACAAAUGUUAUUAAGCAAGAUCUAGAUGACACCAAUCCUGAUUAUCCACCAGUUCUUAAGGCUGAUGCAUUAAAAUACAUCAUGACUUUCAGAAAUCAGUUACCUUUGGAAGAACUGAUUGUACCUGCUCUUCCUACCAUUAUUGCCCAUCUGGCGUCUCCCAACAUAGUGGUUCAUUCUUACGCAGCUCAUGCUAUUGAACGUUUGCUUACAAUGAGAGAAGGGUCUUCAAAUGUCGCUCGUAUUAAGGUUUCUUACAUUCAAAACUUAGUUACACCGUUAAUCUCUGGUUUAUUCAACGUAUUCAAUUUCGAGGGAUCAAAUGAAAACCAAUAUGCCAUGAAAGCGGUCAUGAGAACAUUAAGUCUUCUUCAAGCUCACACUAUACCCUACUUUGAUCAAAUUUUACCUCGAAUGACUCAAAAGUUGACUCAAACCGCCAAAAAUCCAAGCAAACCUCACUUCAACCAUUAUCUAUUUGAAUCGUUGUCUAUUUGUAUCAAAGUUGGAUCCCAAGCACAUGAAGAAUCAAUUGCUACUUUUGAAAACAUUCUAUUCCCAGUGUUCCAACAAAUCCUUGAGCAGGACGUUCAAGAAUUUAUGCCUUACACCUUUCAAAUAUUGUCUCUUCUAUUAGAAGCAAGAAAACCUGACACACCUGUCCCCGAUCAUUAUAUUCAACUUUUCCCUGCUCUUUUAGCUCCUCUACUCUGGGAUAGACCAGCAAAUAUUCAUCCACUCGUUCGUCUUCUCCAAGCAUACAUCGAAAAAUGUUCCCGUCAAAUCGUCGAAUCUGGCAAACUUGAAGCUUUACUUGGAGUUUUUCAAAAGCUCAUCGCCUCCAAAACCAAUGACCACGAGGGAUUCUACCUGCUCCAAGCUUUAAUGGAAAAUCUUAGUGGUGAUAUUCUAGCUCCUUAUUGGAAUCGUGUUCUCAUCUUGUUGUUCAGCAGAUUAACUAGCUCGAAAACCGUCAAAUUUAUUCGAAGUCUCCUUAUCUUUUUAUCUUUAUUUGCUUAUAAAUAUGGUGCACAAAAUUUAGUUACCCUGAUUGAAAGCAUUCAAGUCAAUAUGUUCAUCAUGGUAAUUGAAAGACUUUACAUUCCGGAAGUUCAAAAAGUAAGCGGAACUCUAGAAAGGAAAAUAUGUGCCGUAGGCAUGACAGAAAUUUUAAAGUUGCCUGUGCUAAUUGAAGGAGCUGCUCAGCAUCUGUGGUCUAACAUGCUUCAAAGCUUAAUCGCUUUAUUCGAACUACCGGAAGAUGACAGUAUUCCGGAAGACGAACAUUUUAUUGAAAUUGAAGACACCCCUGGUUAUCAGGCGAGUUACGCUCAGCUUGUCUUUGCUGGUAAAAAGGAAGUCGACCCGUUCAAAGGAACCAUACCUGAUGCCAAAGCCUAUCUUGCAGUCCAAUUAGGACAAUUGGCUCAAAAGUAUCCUGGUCGAUUACCUGGUUUAGUUAGCGCUAUCGAAAGUGCUGCUCAAACUCAUUUACACGGUUAUCUCGUUUCAGCUAAUGUAUCGCUUGCUUAAAUGCCUUGUGAAAACUAAUCUAGCAACUUAAUAAUAAUUUCAUUGUUCUCAUGCUUCAUUUUGAAUGUAUUCAUUUCAUUUCUAUAAUACUUUUUGCAUAAGAAAAUUCAAAAUUUUCAAACGUUGAAAUUUAAAAUAAAUAAGUUACAAGUAAA